AUGGCAGAUGAAAGCGAGUACGAGAAGUUUGUGAUUUCCGAGCACCAAGUUUCCAGCAUUGGUUUGGAACCUUCCUCGGAACAAGCCACCCCCUCGUUGUCCGAACGCAAUAAAAUAACCAGGAUGAUUGUUAGAAGGGUGUUAAGUCAAUCCCCUUUUCCUACCAAAUAUGAAGACGUUCGCCUGAUCGUUAAGAAUUACUUGCCAGAUUUGACAACUCACAGCAUUUCUAACUCUCUCAUAGAAAAUGCCAGGAAUACUCUGAGUCGAGUAUUCGGACUUAGUUUGGAGGACGUCAAAUACGGACAAGGCAAAAGGGAUUUAUUUUUAAAGCAGACCAUUUCCUUUAAAGCCCACGAUUUAAAAACACUCACUCAAGGCGACCAUGAAUUACGUGGGUUCAUCCUUCUUCUGGUUCCAUGCUUCAAGGCACACAAUAAUGAGAUUUCACUGAAGUUUCUGUGCGAAGUCUUUGAAAAGAUUGGUAAAACUCACAUGAUACCCACCUGCAAGGAGGACGAAGAGGCUUUAGUAAUGAAACUGAAAACAGUAAAAAGGAAAAAGGAUGUAAAAUACAACUCUAAGGAUUUCACUCACGUCUCAGACUACUUAUUGUAUGCUAAGGACUUAUCGUACAUAUAUCUUACAUUUCAAAGUCAGGUCUUAGACUUGCUAUCCUCCGUCACCAUUUCACCUGGAUACAGGCUUAACAUUGAGUACCACAAGGAUGAGUACGUUAGUGAAUUUAAAGCACUAGACGAGGCUGUCUUCAACAGGGGCUUAGACAUAUUUUUUGAAUAG